GACCAAAAAGAAAGAAAAAAGAAGAAGAAGAAGAACGACAAGUGGUGGCGUCAGCCUGCUCCUCUCUGGAUUUUCCACGCCUAUGACUCCUGUCAAGAAGCCAUUUCCAUAUUAUCCUCCAAAAAAGAAAAAAGAAAAAAAAUCUCAAAAUAUCUCCUCUCCGUGGCAAUAACACGGAAUCAUUAGCUCUCCACUGAAACAAAGCCCGCCUCUUCCCGUCUCCAAUCUUCAGAGUCUAUAGCUGUAAUGGCAUCCCUCUCAAUUGGGACACACCAUUUACACACAGCAAACCAAUUCAAGAAACAUUUUUUCCACUCUAUUUCUUCCACUCCUCUAUCCUCACUACCUUAUAAGUCUUCUUUUGGUUAUUCUUUGUGUAAAUUAAGAGGUUCAAGAAUUCUUGGUAAUGGACUGCUUGCUAGAGCUGAAGACAGGGAAAAAGGGUCAUCAUCACCACCUCCUUCUUCUUCAAAUAAGCGACAAGGUCAACAGCCCAACAUUGAUAACCAGCUUCAGGAUUUGGAACCAACAUCCGGAUCGUGUGACCCUUUGUGCUCACUUGAUGAAACAAGCUCACAAGAUUUUGAAGCCAACUACCAGCCGAGAACUGAUUUGGUGAAAGCUCUUGCAGUUUUUGCUGCAGCUGCAACAGGGGCAGUAGCAAUCAACCAUUCUUGGGUUGCAGCCAAUCAGGAUCUUGCUAUGGCAUUGCUUUUUGGAAUAGGAUAUGCUGGCAUUAUUUUUGAAGAGUUUCUAGCCUUCAAUAAAAGUGGAGUGGGAUUAUUGAUGGCUGUGAGUUUAUGGGUAAUACGAAGCAUUGGGGCUCCUUCACCAGAUAAAGCUGGUUCAGAGCUGACACAUGCAUCUGCAGAAGUCAGUCAAAUAGUAUUUUUCUUGCUUGGUGCAAUGACCAUCGUAGAGAUAGUUGAUGCUCACCAAGGAUUUAAGCUGGUUACUGACAUUAUAACUACUCGAAAGCCGAGGACUCUCCUUUGGGUGGUUGGUUUUGUCACAUUUCUUCUUAGUGCAGUCCUCGAUAACCUGACAUCUACCAUUGUGAUGAUUUCUUUAUUGAGGAAAUUAGUACCUCCAUCAGAAUACCGCAGGUAUGUGCUGGCAGUUUUACUAACUUAUCCUGUCCUAUUGAGAAUCUUUUUUAUAGCUCCUAUUGGUGAUGUUACAACCACCAUGCUAUGGAUACAUGGGCAGGUAUCAACAUUGCCAACCAUGAAGGACUUGAUUGUACCCUCUGUUGUGUCUCUUGCUGUCCCCCUGUCUCUGUUGUCCCUAACUAGUGAAGUUAAUGGAAAGGGACCGGACAUGCCAAAUGUUUUGGCAUCUGAGCAGAUGGCUCCUCGAGGACAGCUUGUUUUCUCUGUGGGUAUUGGAGCUUUAAUUUUUGUUCCAGUGUUCAAGGCUCUAACUGGAUUGCCUCCCUUCAUGGGUAUGCUGCUUGGGCUUGGAGUUCUUUGGAUUCUCACAGAUGCUAUUCAUUAUGGUGAAUCAGAAGGGCAAAGGUUAAAAGUACCACAGGCUUUAUCACGAAUCGACACUCAAGGAGCCCUUUUCUUCCUUGGAAUCCUUUUAUCUGUGAGCAGUCUGGAGGCAGCAGGGCUUCUUCGUGAACUGGCAAAUUACCUUGAUGCACAUGUUCCAAAUAUUGAACUGAUUGCAAGUGCAAUCGGAGUUGUGUCAGCAAUUAUAGACAAUGUUCCACUGGUUGCAGCAACAAUGGGAAUGUAUGAUCUCUCCUCUUUUCCGCAAGAUCAUGAGUUCUGGCAGUUAGUUGCAUAUUGUGCUGGCACUGGUGGUUCCAUGCUACUUAUUGGCUCUGCCGCUGGAGUUGCUUUUAUGGGGAUGGAAAAAGUGGACUUCUUUUGGUACCUGCGGAAGGUGAGCGGUUUUGCUUUUGCCGGUUAUGCUGCUGGUAUUGCUGCCUACUUGACAGUUCAUAACUUCAGCAUCUCCCUACCCACGACUCUAGCUGAGCUUCCUUUCCUCUCAGGUUCAUAAAUCUUAGUACUCAGUCUCUGAUAGUUCACCAGCUUAGUAUGAAUUCAUAAUUUGAAUAAUAUGAAAAUCUGAAAUGCCGUGUGGGCGAUUUAUCAUUUGUUGGUUCUGUAAAUGCUUGCAUUCAUGAAAGAUCACAUUUCUUUGCUUUGCUCU